AUGAACCCCACAUCAUCGCAUGACCGCGAUAACGAGGACCAUUUCCAGCUUCCGAAGCGACAAAAGAUAUGCCAUUCCAACAAAGAGAACGACCUACCAUACGACCGGUAUACUAUAGCCUGGAUCUGUGCGCUGUAUAUCGAGACGGCUGCUGCCAUAGCCAUGCUAGACGAGAAGCAUGGUGAACUACCGAGAUGCCCUAACGAUGACAAUGCCUAUACGCUUGGAAGCAUCAACAAUCACAAUAUUGUUAUCGCAAGUUUGCCUCAAGGCCAAUACGGGAAUAAUAAUGCCGCAAAUGUGGUAACUAACUUAACCCGUACUUUUCCAUCAAUCCGCCAUGGGUUGAUGGUCGGUAUCGGCGGUGCAGCGCCUGCUAACAAGGACAUUCGCUUAGGCGAUAUUGUCGUGGGAACAAGAGUGAUGCAAUAUGACCUUGGGAAGAUUCUGAGUGGCGGUGAGAUUCAGCGAACAGCCACCCCCAAGACCCCCCACCAGUCUCUGUGUACAGCUGUAACAAACUUGCGAGCCAACCAUGAAGAACACCCUACUCGGGUUAUGGCUAUCAUCCAGGAAAGGAUGGGGCGACGCAUAGACUAUCACCGGCCUGUAGCACCUGACAAUCUUUUUCAGGCAUCAUAUGAACACAACCCGUCAAUGGGCAGUUGCCAAACCUGCGACCAUUCGCAGCUUGAGAGACGCGAGGCACGAAGAUCUUGCGAGCCAAAAAUCCAUUAUGGAGCAAUCGCCUCCAGCAAUCAGGUCAUGAAAGAUGCAGUUACGCGCGAUCGUGUAGCCCAAGAGCUGGAUAUUAUAUGCUUUGAGAUGGAGGCUGCAGGGUUGAUAGAUGUCCUCCCCUGCCUUCCCAUUCGAGGUAUAUGUGACUAUUCAGAUUCCCAUAAAGCCAAGGACUGGCAGAAAUAUGCAGCAGCAGUGGCUGCUGCGUAUGCAAGGGAGUUCUUGGAGGCCCUGCCAGCAACCAGCGAGACACAGAGAGACUUUUGGCUCAAUGCCUGCCCUCCUGGUUUCUCAAACAUCCUAACUACCUGGCAUAGUUUGAUCCAGCGAAGCGGCCACACCAUCAUGGCUUUCUUUAGAUUCAAGGCAAACCUGAUGCUAAAAAAGACAGACAUCCCGAUGAAAGCCAUUACUAUGUCAUUCUUUUUCAAUACCAGAGGAGAUCAGCCAGAAAAGUCAGUCACAGGCAUAUAUCAGUCUCUCCUUCUACAGCUUCUCAAAGGCUUCCCCGAUCUACAGAAAAUCCUGGACGACCCUAAUUUAAUACCACAGAACCAGGUCGCAUACCCACCCUUAAACAUUCUCAAAGACCUAUUCCAUUCCGCAAUUUCGUCCCUAGGGGAGCAAGCGCUUACCUAUUUUGUCAAGGAUAUGGUCAAAUUCUUUAAAGAAGUCGCCAAACAAUGUAUCAAAGACAAUAUGAGAUUUCAACGUUUUCCUCUGGGUUGCCCUAGUAGUGGAAAUUUUAAACAAGGAGAAUCUCCAUGGACGCCUAGCUUUUUGAACAAGAUUGCAAGAAGUGCCAAUUCUUCCGAAGGGCUCACUAAAAUCACUAAAGGCAAGAAACCUACAGUGCAGUUUAUAUAUGAGUCUGUCCGUGACUUUCUUAUGCAGGAUAAGGGUCUAUAUAAACUAUGGCCAAAUCUUGGCGCAGACUGGGAGAGCCAGGGUCACGAGGAGCUCAAGCUAUGUUGUAACGCCUACGUGUUCCACGAAACCAUAGGGAAGGCACUUGAGGAACAAAAGUCCACGGACUCACGGCUCCUAAAGGAUAAAUUACUAAAACAAUUUCCUUUUCUGGAGUACGCCCAUCAGUUCGUUCUUCAACACGCUGAUGCUGCUACCCACGAGAUUCCCCAGCAACAAUUCAUUAGCGAGUUUCCCGUAAUAAGCUGGGUUCAAAUCUUCAAUAUCUUUGAAAAGCACGCGGUUCGCAAGUACGAUCAAGAAGCAGAAAUACUCUACAUCCUCGCUGAUAGGGGGCUUCCAAACCUUAUCCGGAUAAGGCUCGAAACAAGCCCUGGGGGUGACGGAGGAGGGGGGAGAUACCGCCAUCCACUACUGGCUGCGAUGGCUAAAGGAAAUAAGGAAAGUGUCAUAGCCUUAUUGGGUCUCCCAUCGGGCAUCCAUAACGGUAUCGACAUCAUAGAUGGCCUCAAGUCCAUCGCCAAGUUCCUUUUGCAGGACGGUGCACGGGUUAUUGAGGCAGAUUUAUAUAGUCACUUAGAGAUAGUAUUAUUUUAUAAAAUAUUAUUAUAUAAACCUAAAGACUAUAAAGUAUUAUAA